GAGAUAGCAUCUAUUUCCUAUCCUUCCAAGAUGUGGGUGAUUGGUCCUUUGGAACGUAGGAAAGAAAGUACGGCCCACGCGAUCUCGUGUGCGGGUCGUGUUAAUGGCGGGCAUCAUCCGGGCUGCAUGGCUGAGACUGUCCAGGGAAACAGAACAGAUCAUUGUGACGGCCGCUUUCUUCCCAGAAGCUGAGGUAUUAUGAAGUGCACACGCG